AUGGCUGAUCGCUCCAAAGUACGAAUUGUAUUCAAAACAAUGGCGUUGAACAUAUUCGCUUUCGCGAGCAUGAUAGGAGCUGGACUUGCAAAUAGUCAUUCGAUACAUGCUCGUAUACAGAAUGGCCUCGCUCAAACCCCUCAAAUGGGAUGGAAUACAUACAAUCAUUACGGAUGCUCCCCCCACGAAGCCAUCGUUCACUCCAAUGCUCAAGCAUUAGUUGAUCUUGGCCUAGCCUCCCUUGGUUAUCGCUAUGUAACUACUGACUGUGGCUGGACUGUUGCUGAUCGGCUCGCGAAUGGCUCCUUGACCUGGGAUGCGACGCUUUUCCCGUCGGGGUUCCCGGCACUAGGCCAGUAUCUUCACGAUCUUGGACUACUCUUUGGCGUUUAUCAAGAUGCUGGAAUAUUGUUAUGCGGUAGCCCUCCGAAUCAGACAGGGAGUCUCUAUCAUGAGCUGCAGGAUGCGCAGACUUUUGCCUCUUGGGAGGUGGAUUCACUAAAAUAUGACAACUGCUACUCCGACGCAGCAACUAACUACCCAAACGUAAACUAUGCGCCCAGUACAUCCCCCGAAGCGCGUUACUCAAACAUGUCAAAUGCGCUCUCACAGCAAGAUCGUAAAAUCUUAUUCCAGAUAUGUGACUGGGGCGUUGACUUCCCUGCAGCUUGGGCACCAUCACUAGGCAACUCCUGGCGAAUUGGUAACGACAUAUCCUCAUCUUGGUCCAGUAUCUACCGAUUAGUGAACCAGAUCGCACCUCAGACGAAUUUUGCAGGACCUGGUCAGUGGCCAGACCUGGAUAUGCUUGAAGUAGGAAACAAUGUCUACACAACUGCUGAAGAACAGACUCACUUCUCGCUAUGGGCAAUUCUCAAGAGUCCACUGGUGAUUGGAGCAGCGCUGAAGGAUACGACUACAUCUAUCAAUGCAAUUUCUUUGGCCAUAUUAAAACAAGAGGAUGUUAUCAGUUACAAUCAGGAUACGCUAGGGGUGAGUGCGAAUUUAAGCAGAAGGUACACAGAGGAUCAAUACGAUGUGUGGAGCGGCCCUUUGAGUGGGCAGAGGACUGUUGCAGCGCUUGUAAAUUGGGCUGAUGAGGCAAGGAACUUGACAAUUGACUUACCAGACAUUGGUAUUCAGUAUGCCGGAACUAUCAAGGAUAUUUGGGGAAACAUUACAGUGCAAGGAGUGAAGACUUCAUAUACCACCGAGGUGGAGGCACAUGGUACGAUGUUACUCGAACUACAAAAUACGACACCAUCAGGCCAAUACUCUGCUAGCAUAUUUGGAACUUCAUCAGGAAACUCAACCACAUUCGAAGCAAUCUAUGGACUCACCGACAGCAGCAAUUACACACUCUCGAUCACUUUUUCUUCAACAAGCUCGGCCAGCGAGACCAUCACCGUGAAGUCUUCGGUCUCUACCCAGACGAGUACUGUCACUGUAGCAUCAAAUAGAGCGAGCGUUUCCCUUCCAAUAACCCUGGCCGCUGGAACCACCAACUCACUCACCAUCCAACACCAACUAUCCAUCAGUAGCAUCACCAUCACUCCUCCAGAGGGCACAUACUAUCCAAACACUGGCUUCACCACAACCGGCUACGCAACUUCCACCACCUGCGGUACCGGUUAUUGUUUGCCCGUUGGCACAAAAAUUGGUUAUAUUGGGCCCGGUGGUACAGCAGUCACCACCAUCUCAGCGGCCAGCGCAGGCACAAAAUUCGUUGAAAUCGACUACAUAAACAAUGAAGUUGCAUUCUCGAGUGGAUCCAAUGCGAGGAAUAUAACAGUCACGGUCAAUGGAGGUACUCCCACACGCUUGGAAGUUCCGUUAAGUGGACAGCAUAGCGAAUUGUUUGGUCCGGGUCUGGGGUGGUGGGACACGGCCACAUUAGCCGAAAAAGCCGCUAUCAAGACAUGCAAUGUCCUCGAUUACGGGGCGGUGGCCGAUCUCUCCACAGACUUGGGCGCUCCACUACUCGCAGCCUUCAAUGACUGCAUUCACGGAGGACUCGUCUACGUCCCCGAAGGAAAUUAUGCAAUGUCCACCUGGGCCACUUUGGACAAAGGAACUGGAUGGGCACUGCAACUGGACGGAAUUAUCUACCGAAAUGGCACCGGCGGCGGAAAUAUGAUUAUCAUUGAACAUGCAUCUGAUUUUGAGAUGUUCAGCAGUAACUCUGCUGGUGCUAUACAGGGAUUGGGAUAUCAGUUUCAUGCUGAUGGAACUUCGACCACUACUCGGCUACUCAGGUUGCAGAAAGUGACUUCUUUCUCUGUCCAUGAUAUUAUUCUCGUGGAUGCGCCUGCGUUCCAUUUGGUGCUGGACACCGUUGAGGAUGGUGAGGUUUAUAAUGUCGCUAUCCGUGGUGGGGAUGAGGGUGGAUUGGACGGUAUUGAUGUUGCUGGCUCAAACAUUUGGGUCCAUGAUGUUGAGGUAACCAACAAGGACGAAUGUGUGACAGUCAAGUCACCUUCCUCCAACAUUCUUGUUGAAAGCGUCUACUGCAACUGGAGUGGCGGAUGUUCUAUGGGCUCCCUAGGCGCAGAUACUAAUAUCAGCGACAUCACUUAUCGCAACAUCUAUACCUGGUCUUCUAACCAGAUGUACAUGAUCAAGAGCAACGGAGGCAGUGGAACUGUAGAAAAUGUUCUUCUCGAGAACUUUAUUGGCCACGGUAAUGCAUACUCUCUUGAUAUUGACACUUCCUGGGCCGAAAUGUCUACAGCCUCUGGUGACGGAGUUGGAUACUCCAAUAUUACAAUCACCAACUGGAAGGGAACAGAAAGCAGUGGUUUGCAGCGGGGCCCCAUCAAAGUUCUGUGCCCAGCCGGUAACCCCUGCUACGAUUUUACUCUCAAAGAUUUUGCCAUGUGGACUGAGUCUGGCAGUUCUCAGACGUACACGUGCAGCAAUGCUUACGGUGAGGGAUUCUGUUUGGCAAGUGGUGAUGAUCAUGUCGCCUACACUGCCACCACGACUACUGUGGUAGCUGCUCCUAGUGGUUACUCGGCGGCUACUAUGGCUGCAGAUUUGACGACUGCGUUUGGUAUUUCUUCGUCUAUUCCUAUCCCGACAAUUCCGACAUCUUUCUUCCCUGGUGUGACUCCUUACAGCGCGUUGGCUAAAGCAUCAACUGCGGCGGCUGCUUCCUCUGUCACUGCUGCCGGUAAUGUCUUGGCUGUUUCGUCUUCGGUUGUGACUCCUACUGUUACUGCUACUGCUGCUGUCACCUCUGUGGCUGCUUCUUCUACUUCUUCUGCUACAUCAACAACCACAGCUGCCGUCUCUCCUGUUGCUGUUUCAGUUACCUCCUCUACUGCCCCUGUCAUCGUGGCUGCUGUUUCUUCCGUUGCUCCUUCGAUCACUUCCUCCACGGCAGCCUCUACAUCUACCCUAAUUUCUUCUUCCUAUCAGGAAUCCAGCAGCGCCUCAGCUACCGUUGGCGUCAUCUCCUCGAUCACCAUACCUUUUGCCUCCAGUUCCGUUGCUAGUCACACUUCAUUCUCCUCAAGUUUAGUCUCCAGCACCCAAUCUGUCCCGUCCGAAGCAUCUUCGACUGGAGUCCCGGAGCCUGAAGAGGAGGAAGGAUGUCCCUCUGGCUCCGAGCAUGAAUCACACGCCCAUGAUCAUGGACAUGGACACCUGCACAGACGUCGGGUUGCGCGACAUUGA